AUGGAUACAAGCUUUCGUGUCGUGGCGAGGCUACCGACCAGUAUUGCCGGCCCUCCAAGGUUGACAACCAACUCUGAAGUCGCGACAAUGGCAUAUUUACGAUCCAAGUUUUCGCUUCCAGUACCCAAAGUCCUGGAUUGGAGUGACGACCCAGCCAAUGCGAUCGGCACUGAAUUUAUAAUUCAGGAACAUGCUGAAGGAGUAAAACUACAUCAAACUUGGCCGAAUAUGAACUCUGCGCAACAUAUGUUAUGUACCAAGGCCCUGUCAAUGGUAAUCAAACAGAUGGCAUCCUUGGACUUUCCCGCAUAUGGAAGUCUAUACUUUUCUAAUGUGCCCCUCGAAGCGCACUUGCAGAUCCCCUUCGAACAGGGAUUCUGUAUUGGGCCGCACUGCAGUCCAAUCUUCUGGAACAGGAACCCAGGAGAGGUGGAGCUUUACGGCAGUCCAAGCCCUAAUUGCGGUCCUUGGCGCGACCUCCAAAGCUACUGCAAAGGCUUGAGUGAGACAGGCUUCUCACGACUGCCCAAAGAAAAAACCAUCAAGCAUGGCCUCCCUCACCAAGGGACCAUUCAAGACCACAUCCAACUAAUAAAAACAAGCCAAGCAGUUAUGCAGAGAUUGAUCCAAGAUAAGCGCAUUCAGGAUGCUGCGACGCCAGCUCUUUCGCACCCUGACUAUCACAAACGGAACAUCUACGUCUCCCCAGAAGAUCCAACUAUCAUCACUGGCUUGAUAGACUGGCAAUCAACAAGCAUCGAACCAGCCUUCGUCUACGCCAACGAAACCCCCGAUUUCGCCACUCCUCCACACCUCGACGACGAACAACCAACAACACCUAUCACCAUCACGACAGCACGCGAACGCAAAGACGCCUCAAUCUGCCAUCAAACCUACAACGUCGCCCUAGUAGGCCUAGUCCCCAAGCUCCGACCCGCAAGACUCCUUGAUCCGACCUUAUUCCGACUCUUCCAUUACACCCAUUUGACAUGGACAGGUAGUGCGGCUGCUAUCCGUCAGGAUCUUAUUGAGCUAUCGGAUCGGUGGACGGAGCUGGGAUUGCAGGGAACGUGUCCGUAUUCUUUAACGGACGAAGAACGGGAAAGACAUGCUAGGGAGUAUGAGGACUUUGAAGCGGUCCAAGGCCUUAAGCUAUGGCUUAAGGACGUUUUGAAUACGGACUCUGAUGGCUGGAUUCCGAAUGAUGUUUGGGAUGCGGCGAGGGAUGCGCAUCGCGCUGCUUAUGAGGAGUGGAUACAGACGGCGAGGGAGUUUGAAAAUAGGGGGGAGGAGGGGAUGACGGUGGAGAAGGCGGAGAGGUUGUGGCCGUUUGAUGCGAGAUAA